GCGGGGCGGGGGGGGGAAGAUGGCGCCGUGCGCGCGGCUCCUGAGGCCGCCAUGUUCCGCCGGCCUCCUCCGGCUCUUCGGCCUCCCGCGGCCGGCGCUCGGUGUCCGCCCCCCUCCCCGCUGCCGGGCGGCUGUCUCGGGCCGCGGCGGGCGGCCGGAGGGGCCGCGGCCGCCCUGGCUUCUCUCCUGGUCGCGCUGCGCCAUCUCGGCGCGGGGCCUCCAUGACGACGGCCGGUCGGUCCCCCCUCAGCCAAACCCCCAUCGGGACCCUGCAGGUCACACCGAUCCCAAAUUUGACAUUGAUAUGGUUGUAUCACUCCUGAGGCAAGAAAAUGCAAAAGAUAUUUGUGUGAUCCAAGUUCCUCCAGAAAUGAAAUACACAGAUUACUUCCUAGUCGUGAGCGGAUCCUCCACCAGGCACCUGCAUGCUAUGGCCAACUACCUAGUCAAAGUGUACAAGCAGCUGAAAUGCCCAAGUGAGCCUCAUGUUCUCAUCGAAGGGAAGAGCACAGAAGACUGGCUGUGUAUCGAUUUUGGCAAAAUGGUGGUACAUCUGAUGCUCCCCCAGACUCGAGAAUUUUAUGAAUUGGAGAAGUUGUGGACGCUCCGUUCUUACGACGAUCAGUUAGCGCUGAUAGCCCCAGAGUCAUUACCGGAAGACUUCAUUCUUGAUUUUGCAGAGGAUGAUUCUGAAUAUACGGUGACGGGAGUUGACAGCAAAUAAAAGGGGAGCAUUUACUUUUUGGGAUCCUCCCACUUUUCCUUACUCUUCCCCAGGUCUUUAAGAACAUAGCAGGACUAGACUAGGAGGAAGCCCCCGACAACGGGCAGAGCCCACCUGCGAAGCAGAGGGGUGAGAAUGGGGCUCGGCUGGCCCCAAGGGAGCCUGCCUCAGCCCCAUCCACCUGAGGCAGUGGCCCUGCAGAAGGCUAAGAUGGCAGCUGAAGUACUCAGAAUGGCUGGCUAUUUCUGCUACGACUGGUGGUCUCACCUAGGAAAGGCACUCCUACACUACAAACAUCAUUUGCCUGGCCCAAUUGGACCUCAAGCAGCACCAGCUCUGCUUUACAUCAUGCCUUACAGCGGCUUGCAGGUGAAAUAAAGUUCAAUGACACCA